AUGGCGGGCGCCGAGUCACUCCCCGCGGUGCGCAUCGACUGGCGCUUCGCGUCCUUUCUUCGCCAGCUACGCUCGCAGCUCGUGCUCUACGGCGACGCGCUUUCGACUCCCUUCCUCGCGGUCUUGGUCGGCGUGCCUCUGCCCGCGCCUCAGUCUUCUUCCUCUCCCUCGCCUGCCUCUUCUUCAGCUGCUUCGUGCCCGUCUUCGCUUUUGCUUCUCUCGUGCUUUCGUCUGCUGCGUGCGGAGCGCGACCCGACGGUGGGGCGUCUCUUCGCCGCGCAGGGCGGCGCAGCCUCACCCUCGCUCCAGGAAGCGAUUCGUAGCGACCUCGACACGCUUUUCUUCGUGUUGCCGCAUGGUUUGCGAGUCUUGGGGCUGCUGGGCUUCUCGCGGGCGGACGGCGCGACUGCGAGCGCGGGCGCCGGCUCCUCGCCGCUUGCGCGGGUCGCAGAGGCCGUCGCCGCUCAGCUGCAUGCCCUGGAGAAAGAGAGCGCCUCCCACCCCGCGCUGCCCUCCUCGCAGGAAUGCGCCUCUCGGCUGUGGCUCUCCUGCUCGCUCGCCUCGCAGACGGCGGGCGACGGGGGGGGCUGCGCAGACUGCGGCGAAGCCCGCGAGGCCGUGCCCUGGCGCUUCGCCUUCUUCGCGAACAACGCGCGUUCUUCUUCCGCCGCCGGCGCGUCUCUGGAGGAAGGCGCCUGCGAGGCUGGCGUCGCCGUCUCCGUCGAGGACGCGAACGCCGUUCUGCGCUCCGCGAGGUUCCUUUUUCUGCGGUCGCGGCUCGCGCUCACCGCGCCGCUGGAGGCGCCUGUGCGAGUCGACGUUUCCGCGGUUCUGCGCAAGAGAGAGGAGGAAGCCGACCCGCAGCAGCGGAGCGACGCCGUAGAUGCAGAGCGGGACGCGGCCGAAGGCGAGAACUCCGAGGCAUUCGUGCCUGAGCUCUCCGCGGGCGUCGCAGCCAGUCUAGUCGCCGCGCUAAGGAGCCACGAAGACGUCCUGCUCGCCUCGCCGCUCAGCCUCUUCUUCUGCAUGCCCAACGGGAUGUACGUACACCCGAGCCUCGGCGGCGCGGAGGGCGCAGCUCCGCGGCAAGCGAGCACGAGAAAGGGGGAGGCAGCCAGCGGCGGAGGCGGAGGCGACGCAGCGCGCGAAGUGGAUAUUUGGGCCGCCGUUUCGGCGUCUUCCAAGGCGAAGGCGCUGCGAGCCGCAGAGGACGCGAGUGGAGACGGAGGCGCGGACAAAAACGGCGACGCGUUCUCGACUCAGGAGGCCCUCGGCUUGCCCUGGUUCCGCCCUUUCUCGCGAGACGCGACCUCGUCCGCUGCGCUGUCCGCAGUCCCCGUGCCUGCCUUCCUGUCCUCCGCGGCCUCCGCCGCCGCUUCACUGCCGCCAUCCGGCGUCGCCUGCUGUACGUACACUGCGGCCGAGGGCAAGGGUGAGGGCGUGGUGGUGCGCUCGGCGGAGCUGUUUUUGGACGCCUGCGUGCUGGUGCCGGGGGCGGCGUCUCUGGGCUCUUGCGCGGACGCCUUCCUCGUCGCGUUCUGUCGGCAGCUGCGGCGGAUCGGCUGCGAACUCCUCGCGCGCGCGGGCCCCAGGGGAGGGCGCCGCGCCUCGAGUCUGACCGCCGCGGCACUGGAGGCGUCGCGCGUCGCCGAGGCCGCCGCCGCGCCUGCCGUCGCAUCGCUCUCCCUGCUCGCCCUGCCAGUCUUCCCGCGCCUCGCGUUCUUCGCGCGCGCCGCAGAUGGCUGUUUGGCGCUCGGUUUGGGCCUCGUGAAGGUCGCUUGGCUGCCGCAUCCUCUUCUCGCGUGGAACCUCGAAGCCGCGGCCGUGCGCAGGCGCUGGCUCGCGCUCUGCGGCGCCCUCAGAGACUCCCCCGCCUUCCGCGCCGCCGCCGCGCUGCCCUGGCGGGAGGCGCAGGGGGUCGGCGGAGACAAAAUCGUGAACCCUCACAGGACUCUCGCCGACGGCCCCAAGUGGCUCGCGCCCGCGCGGACGGUCACCAGCCUCGUGCGAGGCGACGCGGUCUACUAUCACUACUGCCAGGACGGCGAGCGCGACGAAGGCUGGGGCUGCUGCUACCGCUCGCUUCAGCUCGUCAUCAGUUGGUACCGCUUGCAGCACUUUACGCAAAAACCGGUCCCUUCCAUCGGCGACAUCCAGCGCCUGCUCAAGAAGUUUGACAUGGCUCACGAGAAUCUCGAGAUCGGCUCCAAGACGUGGAUUGGCACGGUGGAGGGAUCCUACAUUUUGAACUGGCAUUUGCAUGUACCUUGCAAAAUGCUGCACCUGGGGAACGCUUCGGACUUGCCCUCGCAUGCAGAGACCCUCCGCGAGCACUUUGACGUCGUCGGCUCGCCCGUCAUGAUGGGCGUCGGUGACUACGCGUACACGAUGCUCGGAAUCGCUUUCGAUGCGCAGUCAGGCGAGGCUGCUUUCCUGAUCGCCGAUCCGCACUAUCCGGGCGACGAUGGCGACUUGGAGAAGAUCCUCGACAAGGGCUGGGUUGGCUGGAAGAAGACGAGUUUCUUCGAGAAAAUUGCGGGCUCCAAGUUUAUCAACUUGGCGCUGCCUCAGAUCUGCACGGAAGACGGCGCUCUCUUCAUUUGA